AGAAGGUGGAGCCUCGAUCUGACACCUUGUUCUGUUGCUUGGAGGCACUGGGGUGUAAUUAUCCAAGAGGGAGAAGAGCCGGUUCCUAACACAGAUGUUUGUCUCACCCGUGCACCACGCUAAGGCAGGAUCUCCAGAUCUUUCUUCAGCCUUUUCUGGCCUCUAUCUGCCCCGAUCUCCUGAGAUCCCCUACGUGGGCAAGAUGGAACAAGCUGGGAUCUUCUGCAGCAAACCAAGUGAUCCAGUGAUCUACAAGGUCCGAGUGACCACUGGCCAAGGGCUCCUGACUGGGACCUUUGACAUCGUCUCCAUCACCUUGGUGGGGACCAAUGGAGAGAGCCCCAAGCAACUUCUGAAUCGGGCUGGUAUUAGCUGUUCCCGGGGAUCGGUGGAUAACCAGGAAGUUGCCUGUGACUAUGACCUGGGCCCGGUCCUCCUGAUCCGGCUGCAUAAGGACCCCUAUUCCUUCUUCCCCGAGAGUAGCUGGUUCUGCAGUUCCGUCCAGGUGACAUCCCCGCAGGGCGAGUGCUACCACUUCCCUUGCUACCAGUGGAUUGAGGGCUAUUGCACCAUCUCCUUGAGAGAAGGCUCAGCCAAGACUCCAUCGGAUGACACUCAUUAUCUGCAACGGAGGCAUCGCCGGGAGGAGCUAGUGAUGAGACACAGCAAAUAUGGGUGGAAGGAAUACCUCCCAGGAGUUCCAUGGUGUGCUGACAUCGACACAGCCCUGUCGUUGGAAUAUAACCUCCAGUAUUCUUUCCCUAAAGCCACUGCCUUUUUCGGGCGUGGGACAGUGGCGAUGUUUGAAGCCAAGGUGAAGGGCUUCCUGGACAAGCCUUUCUCCUGGGGGAAGCUGGAGGACAUCCGCAAGGUCUUUUGGUUCUACCACACUCCUGUCACAGAGUAUGUAUUUAACCACUGGAAGGAGGAUGAGUUCUUUGGCUACCAGUACUUAAAUGGAAUCAACCCAGUGAUGAUCCAGAAGUGCUCCAGGAUCCCAGACAAUUUCCCUGUGACCCAGGAAAUGGUGGCAGGAUCGUUGGGGGAAUACACCUCCCUCCAAGAGGAGCUGAAGAGAGGGACCAUUUUCCUUGCUGACUACAAGAUCCUAGAGGGCAUCCCCACCGUACAGCUGAAUGGCAAACGGCAAUACAUCACAGCUCCUCUGUGCCUGCUGCACCAAAAGCCCACCGGAGAAGUCAUCCCUCUAGCUAUCCAGCUCCGCCAGCACCCUGGCCCCCAGAACCCCAUUUUCCUGCCCACAGAUGACGAAUGGAUCUGGAUGCUAGCCAAGACCUGGGUGCGCAACUCCGAAUUCCACACCCACGAGGCGAUCACUCACCUUCUCCGUAGUCACCUCAUGGCCGAGGUCUUCUCAGUGGCCACUCUGAGACAGCUGCCAAUGUGCCACCCGUUGUACAAGCUUCUGAUUCCUCACCUCCGGUAUUCAGUCCACAUCAACGUGUUGGCUAGAACCUACCUUACCAACCAAGGAGGGAUCUUUGACAGGGCCAUUGCAACUGGGCGCCAGGGGUUAGCCGUACUUCUCAAAAAGGCCCUGGAGACCUUGACCUACACAGAUCUUUGCCUCCCAGACGACAUUGAGGCCCGCGGGGUCAGCUCUCUCCAAAAUUAUUACUACAGGGAUGAUGGGCUGAAGAUCUGGGAUGCUAUUGAGAGCUUCGUUGCUGGCAUCGUGGAACUCUACUAUCAAAAUAAUUUAUCUGUCCAGAGGGAUUACGAGUUACAGGCCUGGAUCUGUGAUAUUUUCUCCAAGGGUUUCCUGGCCAAGCGUUCCUCAGGUGUCCCUUCCUCCAUCCGCUCCGUUCCAGAACUCACCAAGUUUUUGACCAUGGUCAUCUUCACUUGCUCAGCCCAGCAUGCUGCAGUCAACAGUGGACAGUUUGAACUGGGGGCCUUCAUGCCCAACUUGCCAUCUUCAAUGAGGAAGCCCCCACCCCAGCUUAAAGCCCCAGUGACGCUGGAGGAGUUCCUGGACAUCAUUCCUGAGAUGAACACCACCAGCCAGGUCCUCUCCAUCCUCUGGGUCUUGGGCAACGAAGACUUUGACAUGAAGCCGCUGGGGCAAUACCACGAAGAGCACUUCACCGAGGAAGAGCCGAAGCAACUCAUCAAGGCUUUCCAAGCACGCCUGGAGCACAUUUCAGAGGAAAUUAAGCAGAGGAAUGCGUCACUGGCGUUGCCGUACACCUACCUCUACCCGCCCAACGUAGAGAACAGCACCGCUAUAUAAUUCCUGGAAGAUGCGAGAAACGGGCAUGUAUCGAGACCGUGCUGACCAUGCCCUGAACUUCUCACCCUGCCUCUUUCCUUCCGAGAUGGAGAAACUGAAGUGUUGCCUCACCCUCCCAAAUUCUCUCGGACGCCAUGUGAUGCACACAGCCGUGAAUGUUCCGCAAAGCAGAGCCAAACCAACUCUGCCGCACUAACGAUGCCGCUUGCAAGCUGGAGAUUUGCAUUUCCUUCCUCCUGCUCCUUCUCCCACAAGCUACAAAGGCUGAUGGAGGACAAAGAGCCCGGACGAGGAACAGUUACGAAUCUCCAGGGGGCAACCUGGUAACACGGUUAUCAAGUCACCUUGCUGAAUGGAGGUGGGGGGUGGAUGGGAGAGAUGGAGAUGAACCUACGGUGAGGGCAAGUAUUUUAAAACCCUGUUUUAUGCAAUGUGGAAUUACACAAUGCAAUCCAAAUGUCUUUUCACUCAAGGGAAAAAGACAAGCUGGAUUUCAAAACCUGGUUUUAAUUUAUGUCCACUUGCUUGGCAUGUGUAGCUUGCCGUGGAUCAGGGCCCCUCCCUCUCCCCCACCUCUGGUUUAAGAGGCAGGUGCUGCUUUUCAUUUCUUGUGAUGGAUAGCCAUUUCUGCCAGCAGGUGGCCACCGAUUCUUUAUUUGCAAUUGGGCAUAUACAACCUUCCACAAUGUGCCUUUGUGAUGUAAGCAGGAUGCAUGCUAAGAAUAUACAAAUUCUCCCACACAUGCUCAUACAUAGAUUAAAUUUAUACAAAUUGGCAGUAAUUGCCUUUUGCCAGACACAUAACUGGUGCUUGUUCAACCUACUGGGGGCUUUCUAUCUGGCUCUGUUUUUCUGCCUGUAAAAUGGAGGCAGUAACCCAUCCUCUGUUAAUGUUCUGAAGCUCUGUUUAGUCUUUUUCCCUGGCGUUUAUGCAAUUUCCUUACUCAACUUUGGCAUGGGAGGCUGUCCCAAACCCAUCCUAUUAUGUUGUAACCCACGUCUUAAAUAAAAUAUUUCAUUGUU